GCGGUAGAAUGUGACAUGGUAGUUUUUCCCCAGUUAUUGAAAGCGUGCGUUUGGUGGAGCUGUUGUGAAGGCGGCUUUGUCUGUGGAAACGUUCGUGCUGGUAGUAUAUUUGUGUAGUAUAGCGGUACAUGUACUGUAGACUGGUCCCUAGUUUAACAGUCUGAGGUGUGCCUCCUCCCUGGGGCUUUUCAGUCCAGAUGCCUAAACGGAAAGCUGAGUCUUAUGUACAGCUUCUACAUGACAUAUCAGCCGCCAAGAGAACAGAUGUACCCGAUGUUAAGCCGAUCCCCGAAGCUGCCAGUCUCAGUGAUGGUGUUUCCAUCCAGGGUAAGCCUGUCCCUGAAGCUGCCAGUCUCAGUGACGGUGCUCCCAUCCAGGCUAAGCCGAUCCCCGAAGCUGCCAGUCUCCGUGAUGGUGCUCCCAUCCCGGGUAAGCCGAUCCCUGAAGCUGCCAGUCUCAGUGAUGGUGUUUCCAUCCAGGCUAAGCCGAUCCCCGAAGCUGCCGAUCCCAAUGGCGGUGUUCCCGUCAUGACUAAUCCUGUCCUAGAAGCUGUCGAUCGCAGCGAUGCCCACCUAGCAAUGUGGCAGCGAUGGUCCAAAAAACUCAAUUGUGCCCACGAUUUCCGAGCAGAUGGUAAUGCCAGUGGCAGUAUUGGCACUCCCACAGGCUUACCAAGUCGCACGGUCAAUGGGGUGCCUGUCCCUGUAGAUGGUGGUGCCCAUGGCACUAUUGUGCUGUUUGGCACUCCCAGGUACUCACACCCUGUCGAUAUGACUGCUCAUACGAAGAAUCGUAUGCUUUCCCACCGAGCAGGCUUGCCCGAUGCCAGCGCAAAACACCAAGCCCAUGACACCAACGGUAGCCGAGCAGGCUUGCCCGAUGCCAGCGCAAAACACCAAGCCCGUGAUACCAACGGUAGUCAAGCAGGCUUGCCCGAUGCCAGCGCAAAACACCAAGCCCGUGAUACCAACGGUAGUCGAGCAGGCUUGCCCGAUGCUAGCGCGAAAUGCCCAGACCGUGAUGCCAACGGCAGUCCCGCUGUGGCUGCGGUUGGCCAGAAUGGCCGAGCAGGUUCGCCCGAUGCUAGCGCGGCAAGCUGCAGUCAUUUGCAGUCAACAGAGCCGGCCAAGCCAAUCACAGUUGCUGCACCUGGCGCACCGUCAAGGGAAGCCAUCCCAUGCGCCCAAGUGCAACCGAUUGCAAGGCCAGCAGGUACCGGGCUGCAGCUUGGCGGCGGUCUUGGUGGAGCGAGUACAGCGGGCACCGGCCUCACUUUAGGUGGCACCACAGCAACUGGACUGGGAGCUAACAAGACGGGCUUGACUCUCGGAACAUCGACUGCUGCCACUGGUCUCGGUGGUACUACUGGCUUGUCACUCGGAGGUACAACGGGUCUUGGCGGCGGACUCGGAGGUGGUCUAGGCGGAAAUAAGACGGGUCUAACACUAGGAGGACUCGGUGCCACAAGCGCAUCGACUGGCUUAGGCGUUGGGAGACCCACGCUGACCGGUGGCCAGUCUGCCUUUCCCUUCCCGGGCGCCGGUACCACUGGUGCAGUGGGAGCAGGCGUAGCAGUUGUUGGCGGCGGCGGUACUGGCCUUGCACUGGGCGGCCGCCAGGGCCUGCAGCAAGCUGUGGUGCCCGGUGCCAGAGUUGGGCUGGCAACUGGGCAACCUCUCAAUAUGAUAGUGCCCGGUGCCAGGGUUGGACUGGCAGCUGGGCAACCUCUCAAUAUGAUAGUACCCGGUGCCAGGGCUGGAUUGGCUCCUGGAAGUUUCAACAUGAUAGUACCCGGUGCCAGGGCUGGAUUGGCUCCUGGAAGUUUCAACAUGAUAGGGCUCAACACACAACAGCAGCAGCAACAACAGCUGCUACAACAGCAGCAACAGCAACAACAGCAACAACAACAGCAGGCCAACCAGCUACACUUGCUGGCGGCCGCUCUUUCCAUGCCGAGUGUGUUCAAUGACUCUGACCGAAACCUGACUAUUGCAAAGUUGAACCAACUGCAGGCGUACUGGGGACAAGGCACCGGUGUAGUUGAUGCACAGGGUCGCACCGUCACCUUCGCCAAGAACAGUCCAUUUGCCUGCUUGAAGACCGUGUUAUACAGCCGUUUGCCGGAGGCGCGUGACGAGAAUGGUCUGGUGGCGCUGGUCAUCAACCUUCCCGAGGACAAUGUGCGGACAAAGAGUGACGCGAUAUCCACUGGCCUGCACCAACUGGCUGGCUCCAAACCUAACCUGUCUGUGCAUGUGGACAGUAUACGACCACUGCCCUCUAACAAGACGGAAGUUGUCAUCUACAUCCUGGAGCGGUCGCCAGUCUCCGGUACUACGGAGCGUCUGAAGGCGUCGCAGCUCUAUGCUUUCCUGAAGGGUCCCACGGCUGCAAAUGGUCUGAAGAAUCUCUCUGUUGGGGAUGUUAUCCUACAAAGUGGUCUGACGGCGGAACAAAAGAAAUGCUACCUAGAUCGACCGCCGCAAGGCAUUGAUGAAGCAAUGUGGGACCGAGCCAAGCGUGAGAACCCCGAUCCCGAGCGGCUUAUCCCCGUUCCCAUCUACGGCUUUUCAGAAUUGAAGGCGCGCCUGGAGCAGCAGCAGUUGCAGCGUCAACAGCAUCAAGCCAGAGUGGAGGUUAUCGCUCGUGACAUUGAGAAAAUCCGCCACGACCAUGCGGCAACCAUGGCAAAGCUGGCACAGUACAAGCGCAAGCACCUGGAACUAAGUCACCGCUUGCUACGCGUACUCGUCAGGCAGGAGGUGAUGCGCAAGUCAGGUUAUUCUGUGCGAGCUGAUGAGGACCACUUGCGUGCAAACCUGGAGCAUUUGCACUCAGAGCUGAAUGCACCGACACAAUUCAAGGGUCGUCUAAAUGAGCUCAUGUCACAGAUCAGAAUGCAGCACCAGGUGUCGACAGCGCAUUCAGAAGCCGAGUACUCAAUUGAUCCAGACACUAUGGGCCACAUACGUCAGCAUCUGAAGCAGCAACAAGAAGGCCUGCAGCAUCUCAUCCAGAUCAUCAAGGAUGACAUCGGCGAUCUGGGCGUCAUCGAGCAGGGUGUUUGGUCGUGAUCAGAGCCCGCGUGCGUGUGUGCGUGUGUAUAUCUUGCUCACCGAUAUCAGCGCCCUGCAUUCCUUAGAAAGAGGGGUUUGCUGGCAACAACCCUAACCCCAGCAGUAGCCUGGGCAGAGCCCCGCUUGGGCCUGGCACUGUUGUGCUUCGAAUGGAAAACUAGAAAACAUUGUACAUAUUCACACCUUGAUCCUUUCUAACCAUACUUUUCUUGUAUCUCUUGCAGUUAUUGUAUUCCUUGCAGUGUACUGUACAUACUGUAUAUAUUCUGAGCUGCACCGAUGUAUUUUUAAGUGCAUUCUGAGCAGCAUCGAUGUACUUUUAAGUGUAUUCUGAGCUGCAUCAAUGUAUUUUUAGGUGUACAUAAUACAUACUGUCACACGGUUUUUAAUUCUUAUAUUUUGAAACAAAAUUUCUUGUCUUUACUGCACCGAGUUUCAAUCUUUUUUCACCACUUGCUGUGAAUAGAAUUGUUGGCUCGCAUGCACUGGAGUCAACGUCAUCAA